GAGUGAGAGAGCGCCGCGGAGGAGAGGAGAGCCAGCGCCACAGCGCCGCUGCCGCACCGCCUCCAGGCCCCCAGUCCCCGGGACCAAGCGGGAACAGGAGGGCGAGAGCGCAGCCAAGCGCCGGCACCCUCUGCACGGUGCAGUGCACGCCCCCGAGGGCCCCGCGGUGGGACACCCUGGCCGUCGCCGAGCUGGUCCUGUGCUCCCCCGAGACGCGCGGGCCGCGCCUUCGGCCGUGCUGCUACAAACGAGCCGGUACUGCAGCGCCCCGCCCCGCCGCCCCGCUUCGCCCCGCCCCACCAGGCUCCCAUGGCUCCGGCUUUCCGAGAAAACCUUAAAUGAAGUCUUGCGAUGCGAGGCGAGAGCAGCAGCAGCUCCCCGCCGGCGGCAACCUCAAGGAAAACCUGUGGCCCGUGUCCCGCCGCUGGGGUCCUGGACAGGACGGGCCGGGUGGCAGCCCGAGCGCCGGCAGGACAGUGCGGAGCGGUGGCGAGCGAGCAAGCGAGUGAGUGAGUGAGCAACUGAGUGAUUUGCGCUGCAGGCUUGUCAAUUGGCCGGUAGUCACCGUCGCCGCCGCUCUCCGCGGUGCUGAGCUGAGCUGUGUGCGAACAGAGAGAAGAACCAAGAUGGAGAGGGUCGCGCUCCUCGUCGCCUCGUGCGCGUGCUGCCUCCUCGCGGCCGGCGCCGCCAACCACACCAGCCAAGAGCAGUCCGGACACGACCUCCAGUCGUUCGCACUCAUCAGGGAGCGCGUCCGGGACGCCCUGAGCACGGGCGGCGCGGGAAAGAGCGCGCGCAGCAUGGACGAGGCCGAGAGCUCGUUCCUGUCGUGGCUGCACAGCGUGCGCCACUCGCCGCAGGACGGCGGUGGGCCGGCGCCCGCCUCCUCCCCCGCCACCGAGAGCACGCCCGCGGCCGCCGACAGUUCGUACGACUACGACCAAGUGCUGCGCCUGUCGCUGCUCUUCUACGAGGCGCAGCGCUCCGGUCGGCUCCCCGCCGACAACAGGGUGCCGUGGCGCGGCGACUCGGCGCUCGAGGACCGCGGGCAGCGCGGCGAGGACCUCUCCGGAGGGUACUAUGACGCCGGUGACUUCGUCAAGUUCAGCUUCACGAUGGCGUCCACGACGACGCUGCUGGCAUGGGGGCUGGCCUCGUACGCCGAGGCGUACCGCGCGGCCGGCCAGCUGGAGGAGGCCGUGGGCGCCGUGCGCUGGGCCGCCGACUACUUCAUGCGCUGCCACGUCUCGCCUGACGAGCUCUAUGGCCAGGUGGGCGACUUCAGCCUGGACCACCGCUUCUGGGGCCGUCCCGAGGAACUCAACAUGACCCGGCCGGCGUAUAAGAUCGACCGCGAGCAUCCUGGCUCGGACCUGGCCGGCGAGACGGCCGCCGCGCUGGCCGCCGUGGCGCUGGUCACCAGGGACUCGGACGCCGAGUACUCGGCGCGCUGCCUGGAGCACGCGCGCCAGCUGUACAGGUUCGCGACGCAGCACCGCGGCCUGUACCACGAGGCCAUCAAGGGCGCGGCGCAGUACUACGAGUCCACGGACUACGGUGACGAGCUGUGCUGGGCCGCGGCGUGGCUGUACCGCGUGACCAAAGAGCCCCAGUUCCUAGACGAGGCGGAGCACCACUACUCGCAGUUCCUGCUGCGCGACCGGCCCGUCGAGUUCUUCUACAACCGCAAGUCGGCGGGCGUGCAGGUGCUGCUGGCGCAGCUCACGGGCGUGCACGAGUACCGGGAGGCGGCUCGCGCCUUCUGCGACCACAGCGCGCUGCAUCAGAAGCGCACCCCCAAGGGGCUGCUGUACGUGGAGAAGGCCGGCACGCUGUGCCACGCUGCCAACAUCGCCUUCGUCUGUCUGCAGGCGGCUGACGCCGGCAUCAACCCUGAGGUGUACCGGGACUUCGCGCGCCACCAGAUCCACUACAUGCUGGGCGACGCUGGCCGCAGCUACGUGGUCGGCUUCGGCUCCCAGUGGCCGACGCAGCCCCACCACGCCGCCAGCUCUUGCCCGGACCGGCCAGCGGUCUGCGACUGGGCGGACUUCUCCAAGAAGACACCCAACCCCCAGGUGCUGUACGGCGCGCUCGUGUCCGGGCCGGACGAGAACGACUUCUACGAGGACGUGCGCCAGGAGUACAUUUACAACGAGGUGACGCUCGACUACAACGCGGGCUUCCAGUCGGCCGUGGCCGGUCUCCGGCACCUGCAGCUGCAGCAUGCCAACGCUUCAGGUACCACCAGGCCUGAGGUUCCUGGAGCUUCGCAUCCCGCUGACCCCGUGAAAUAGAAGCUGCAGGUGCAGUGAACUGGAGCGAUGGCCUCCGCUUGGACGUCACCGAGUACAAAGCUGCUGUUAGAAGGUGAAUGCAACAAAUGUCAGGCUGUGAGUUAUACUCUGUAUGAGCUGGUUUAUGUUUUUGUAUUUUUGUUUGAUUCCGAAAAUACAUAGCAUCUCUUUGGUAUCAAA